AUGUCCCCAAUCUCCGUCAGCAAAGGUCAAUCCCAAACCUCGAGCGCCGAUCCCGCCGAGUCCUCCUUCACGCAGAUGGCCGACAAAGACCUCGAAUCAAUCGGCCGACACUGCCAGUUCGAAUACUGCCACCAGCUCGACUUCCUUCCCUUCCGCUGCGAGUCCUGCCGCGGCACCUACUGUCUCGACCACCGCACCGAGACCGCCCACCGCUGCGCGCGCGCCGGCGAAUGGGCCCGCCGACGCAAUGGCUCCUCGAACAGCAACACCUCCUCCGCCGCCACGCAGAAACCCACCAUCUACAACUCGGACCAGUGUGCCCACCUGCAAUGCAAAACGCUGAUCAACACGCUCACGGACCCGGGCGUGCGCUGCCCAAACUGCACGCGACAGUACUGCCUGAAGCACCGACUCCGGGAGGAACACGACUGCGCCAAGAUGGCGCCGCGCGGGGCCGGACUCGGCGGCGCGGGGACGGCGGGCGUCAACGCCAACGAGACGCUGAAGUCGAUGUUCGCGCGCGUGCGCACCUGGGGCAAGGACAAGAGCGCCGGGCUGGUACCGACGCCGAAACCGACCAGCGCCGCGGGCCGCAUGGCGCAGCUGAACGCCAUGAAGCGCGCUGCGAAGGGGGACGCGUCGGUGCCGGCGGACCGGCGGGUGUAUCUGCAUGUGGCGGGCACGGCCGACACAGAGCGUGCUGAGUCACCGGCCGGGGAUUUCUUCUUCGACGCCCGGUGGAAGGUGGGUCGGGUGCUGGACGACGCCGCGCGGCGGCUACAUGUUGAGAAUGUGAACAAUUGCGCGGGUGAGGAGGCCCGGCUGCGGAUCUUCCAUGUCGAGUCCGGCGAGUUUCUCGAGUUCUCCGAGUCCAUCGGGCAGGGGAAGGUCAAGUCCGGGCAUACCAUUGUCCUGUUGCGGGGGCCCGGGGUGGCUCUGGGGAAGUAA